AUGUUGGACUGUCCCGGAGUUCAGGUGAAUGUGAUCGUAAUCGUGGACAACUGGCGCCAUCUUACAUAUGGAAAUUUUGGCCGUAGCCUUACAAAUGUGUCACCUAAACCGGAGGGGCUUAAUGCAUAUGUGGCGCUGUAUGGAGCUGAAUCGUGGAUAAUAUUAAAAGCUGUCCGAAGAAAAAUAGAAGCUUUCGAAACAUGGUGCUGGCGAAGGGUCUUAAAAAUUCCUUGGACAGAUCGAGUGACUAAUGAAGACGUGUAUAAGAGAAUAAAUGAAAAAAGAUCAAUAUGGACGACGAUUGUGGAGAGAAGAAAAAAAUGGAUAAGACAUCUCAUAAGGAAUAAUACAUGGAUAACGACUAUAAUUGAGGGAAAACCUGAAGGGAAGCCAGGAAGAGAAAGACCUAGGCAGUCAUAUAUGAAACAAAUAAUGAUGAAUAUAGGAAGAGUGUCAUAUAAAGAAUUAAAGAGAGUCGCAAUGAAUAGAGAAAAGUGGAAGGAUAUUUCAUAA